UGUUUACGUCAAUUGUUCUUGCUGAAACAGGAAUAACAUGCAAGUCGCAGAAGAACAGGAUCGCAUACAAAAGCGCGUCAACAAAAUACUGGAGGCGCGCUUGGAGAGCGACAAGGAUACACUGGAGGCAUUACACGGCCUCUCAAACUUUUUUCAGGAGAAUACGCUGCAGAACCGCCGCAACUUACGCAGCCAAAUUGAGCAGCGCUCCGUUGGCAUAAAUGAGAAUUUUCUAAAAGCUUUUCGCGAGGUGAAGCUAACGCUGGAUGCAGUCUGCAAUGAUUUGGACACAAUGGCCAGCUCUGUGCAGACAAUGAAAAGCGAACUUGAGACCAGCAAGGCAUUGACAAAAGAUUUGAUUGAGCAAACAAACAAUAUGCAGCAGGAGCGUGAGCGCCUAGAAGUGCAUCAGCAGAUAGCACAGGCUUUUCUGGCGCGCUUUCAGCUCAGCGUGCCGGAGCAUCAACUGCUGUAUGGUCAGACCAAGGAUGCGCCCAUUGUGCAUGAGUUCUUCAAGGUGUUGGAACGCGUGCAGUCUAUACACGCCGAUUGUCGCCUGCUAAUGCAGUGUGGCUACCAAACGGCUGCGCUGGACAUCAUGGAGGAGAUGACGUUGCAUCAAGAGGGCGCACUGGAGCGGCUCUAUCGCUGGACGCAGAAUCACUGCAGAAAUCUGGAAAACAAUGAAAUAGGAGCUUUGGUAGUUGAGGCUAUGAGUCGGCUGCAGGAUCGUCCCGUGCUCUUUAAGUACGUAAUUGAUGAGUACGCCAUAGCAAGGCGCGCAGUGCUUGUGCGACAAUUUAUUGAGGCGCUCACUGAGGGUGGGCCAGGUGGCAAUCCCAAGCCAAUUGAGUUGCAUGCGCACGAUCCCAAGCGUUAUAUAGGCGACAUGUUUGCCUGGCUGCAUCAGAGCAUACCCAAUGAAAAGGAGAACCUAACGCUGCUGUUCAAACAGUGCGACAAGCAUGAUAUAACGGAGCAAAUGCAGCGCGCCUUGAGCUACAUAGCCGAUGGCGUCUGCCAUCCGCUCAAGGUGCGUGUGGAGACCAUAUUGGGUCAGGAGCAGGACACCAUUAUACUGUUUACUAUAUCCAAUCUGCUGCGUUUCUAUCAGCAAAUUAUGCGACAAGUUGUGCAAGGCGGCAGCCUGGAGCAAUGCCUCAUUGAGUUGCAACAGAGCAGCGAGCAGUUUUAUCUAAACUCUUUGGCUGCACAGGUGCGUCAAGUUCUGCAGCGUCCCGCCGGCAGCAGUCUGGCCUUGGAGCCACCACAGCGAGAUCUGGUGCCGCCGCCCAGCGUUGCGCGUUUGCUCAACAUUCUGAAGGAGAUAUUGUCUGUAGCUACCAUGGUAGAUGGACGGCAAGCGGACAUUACCAAAAUAGUUAGCUGUGUCAUCGAUCCGCUGCUGCAAUCUGUGCAAGAGAGCGCUGCUCAUUUGCCCACAGUGGACAUGGCUGUGUAUCUGCUAAACUGUCUCUAUCACAUGCAGAGCACUUUGGCUGUCUUCGAGUACAUGGAUGAGCGCGUGGAGCGUCUGCAAGCGCAAUCAGAUGCACAGCUGGAUACGCUGACCUCAGAGCAGGCUUCCUCGCUGGUGGCCAAUCUCAAUCUGGGUCCAAUCUACAACAUACUGCAAAGCAAUCAAACGAAAAUUGAAACCAAUUUACUAAAGAUUUUCAUGUCCAAGCUGGAUGCAUUCCUACAGCUGCCCGAUGUGCUCUUGCUGCCGCAAGUGCAGCUCAUCAUGUCCAGCGCACAUCGCAGCACAGUGCAGAAGCGCGCCUUUAAUGUCAUUGUGGCCAUCUAUAAGCAGAUCUAUGAGCGCGUGCACGACCCAGCCAACGGCUUUGAGCAACCCGAGGCGCUGCUGAGCAAGACGCCAGAGCAGGUUACACAAAUGCUGCUUAAUUAAAAGGCUGUAAGUCUGCUGUAUUUAAUUGUUCUAAUAUAUAUGUAUAAGCUAUCACUGUAAAUUAAUUUGUUGUU